ACGUCACUGUCACUUGUCAGUACCUAUCACUCAGUUCGCAAACGAUUUAGAUUAAAUAAAAUGUUUCAGGUUCAGGGUCAUGAAAAAAUGUAAUGUCUAACGGAAUAGUUUAGUACAAAAAAAAUUACUUCACAAAAUUCACGAUAAAAUUUCCAAUGUAAUAAAUCGCAAACAAUUUUUUUAACAAAAUGUACUGCAGGACAAAAAUAAGUUGUGGGUGUGCCAGUGGUUUGGUGUGCAGAUUUUUAAGUUCUGCGGAAGUGUCGACUGCUCUGCGUCCAUUCUACUUCAGCGUUCAUCCAGACCUUUUUGGAAAAUAUCCAGAACAAAGAAAAAUAAAUGAACACUCCCUGCAACAAUUAAGUGCACUAAUAGAAGCCCAACAAUCCAGCCGAAGAAUGUCUGUGCCUCCCUUAUCCUUUUAUUUAAGACAAAAAAAUAUGCCUGAAGGAGAAUUUAAACUCAUAAAAAUCAAGUUGACCGGUGAUAAUGUUAGAGAAACAGUUGUCAAAGUUCUAAAUGCCUGUGAUAUCUCCACUAAGUACAUUGAUAAGAUACCUGACAGUCCAAAAAAGAAAGAGUUUAGUGCCGAGGAUUUCAAUAAAGCUUACCAAAAAUACAGCGACGAAUUUGAAAAAGCUUCACAAAUGAAGAGAAAAGUUGCUGAGAAAAAAGCUGCUACAAAUAUUGUAGAAUGGGUGUGGGCGAACAGUAGGGCAGCAAAAAAUAAAUAUGAGUCGACAGCAGCUACGAGAGAACAAGUUCAAACUUUGAUCGAUCACCUUUGCAAAGCAUAUGGUAUUAAACAAGUUAAAUACGAUAGCGGCUGGAAUACGAGUCAUAUCAGAGGAGCCCUUCAAAGUCUUGUUGCGCUAGCAUCACAACACUCUGCGGUUAUGGCAAACUUAGAAGGCAGGACCAUAGCGCUGGGACAGUUUACUGGUGUAAGCUUGGAUGGCGACGUGUUUCUCAAUAUAAUAGAUGUCAGACACGAAUGGUUAUCGUUGAUCAAGAAAGUCAGUCAAGAAGAUAGUGCCUUGGUUAUGAUACCGAAUUACGAGAAAGCCUUAUCAAGUAUUUUAAGGAACAUACACAUUUGCCGUAGAAAAUUCAUGCCGAAAGUAUCUGCGAGUCAAUACUGCAGUCAUUUAAGGCAAUUGAUUACAUCAAUUGGUGAUUUCUACGGAAGCGGUCAGAAGUUUCCGAGCACUGUGCCUCAGACCCUAGACAAAUACGAAAUUGUUGUUGAACCGGAGGCAGGGCCUUUAAUGGUAUCACCCACGGGCCAGUUCAUCACUCCUUCGUCUUGUCCUGCAGAAGAGCUAGUAGCAUUCAUAUCGAACCAUCUUGACGAAGCAACUCAGUUAAUGACGGAAUAUAGCAUUAACAAGCAUGUAGAAAAAGCGCUUCAUAAAGAAGUAAUGGAACGAUUUGGUCUACUGGAUCUUCAGAAAGACGACAGUAUAACUCCUGCGUACAUGAUUUCAUGCUGCGAACGAUUACUCACGAGAACCGAACAAUUACAUGCCAAACUCCAUGGAACUAUUCUUUACAUAACUCAUUACUACUCAGUGUUAUCUGAGGGUAUUUUAUGUAUACCGUGGAACUUCAAAUCAUGAUACACAUCAUACAGGUCUUAGAUAAUAAUGUAAAUAUUGUGUAGAUAAAGUAACAAUCAAAUCGGUUUAUUUCUUUAUAUUUCACUUUUAGUUUACAAUGUUUUAAGUUACAUAGUGUAUAUUUUAUUGCUCGAAUUGUUAAGUAAGUUGUUUUAAAGACGAAUCAGAUUUGAUAAAUUUAUUUACACUAAAUAAGUCUUCAUUGGCAAAAAUAUAUACAAAAAUUUUCAUUACUUAUACUUUAUCAUAAUAUCAAAACUAUUUACAAAUUGUGAGACAAAAAACGUGAUGUAACAGUAAUAGAAUAGAACUACAAUAUUAAGUGACUACAUCAAUAGCUGAAUAAACAAUAUAAAGUAAUUCAUAAAAAGUAAUGCAAAGAUAAAAUUGAAAAUAGACAAUAAAAGUAUUUGCAAGUG